UCUCCCGCACUUGAUGGGGAAUGUUGACAACUCGUCACCACGUAGCUCCCCUUUGGAAGUGCUUGAAAAAUCAGUUCUGUCGCGGAUUUGUUGGUCGUUUUCUCCCUCUCCAACGCAGUGCAGUGAAGGGACAGUUGUGCAGCAGAGUGAACGGGCCAGAAGAAGGUCUCCACCAAAGCAAAGAAGCCGUUCGGCAGCCAAAGGAGCCUUUCGUUUUUUGGUGCUUGGACGAGGUUGGUCGUCGACAGGAUUCGCACGAAAAUUGGGACACAUCAUAACAAACCAGAUUCCCCAAGGUCCCCGCCCCAGUGACCUAACAUCACAGUGAGUGAGUGCUUGUGAAAGGUGUCCCUUUAUCGCCGGUGUUUGCGAUUCGUGAAAGUGCGGCCACUGUUUCAGCUGGAUAGGGGCCGAGAGGAUUGUUUUUGAGCGUGCGGAAUCCGCAUCAUCUACCAACCGGAAGCAAGGAUGGCCAUCAAGCCGGGCAUGGGACGAAAGUCCUCUAACAAGAAUCCACCUUUACUAAGCCAUGAAUUCGUGAUCCAGAACCAUGCCGACAUCGUGUCCUGCGUUGCGAUGGUCUUCGUCGUCGGGUUGAUGUUGCAGGCCACCAACGCCCUCGCCAGCAUCUUUAUUGCUUUGCACCACAACGUGACCGGUGCCGAUCCGAGUCACGAGAACCCCCAGGGUGAAGCCUACACGUACACCUCCGGCUGGAAGGACGGCUGUGCGGUUUUCUUCUACACCCUGAUCUGCAUCAUCAUGCACGCCAUCCUGCAGGAGUAUGCCUUGGACAAAAUAUCCAAGAAGCUGCACCUGUCCAAGUUCAAGCUGUCCCGCUUCAACGAGUCGGGUCAACUGGUGGUGUUCUACGCCAUGUCGUUCCUGUGGGGCUUCGAUGUGAUCGUUAGAGAGCAGUACUUUGGUAACAUGCCAAAGCUAUGGGAAGGAUUCCCCGAGCAUCCGAUGGUGUUCCUGCACAAGCUGUUCUUCAUCAUCCAGCUGGCGUAUUAUCUGCAUAUGCUACCCGAACUGUAUUUCCAGAAGGUCAAGAAGGACGAACAGAAGCCCAAGAUAGAGCAUGCUUUGGGCGGAUUCUUCUUGAUUGCUACUGCGUACUUCUUGGGAUUCCAGCGCAUCGCUUUGGUACUGCUGACGCUGCACUACUUCUGCGAGUUCAUCGGACACUCAUUCCAACUGGUUAACAUUUUCGACAAGGAUGAAAAGUUCACCCGAUUGCGACUGGUUCACAACGCCGUGUUCAUCUUGACCCGCUUCGCCACAAUGGUGCUGGCCUUCCUGACGCUGUUCUACGGAAUCGAUAACGUGUCGCAAAUCAAGCGCAGCUUCAUGCUGUUCACCGUCUUCGGGCUGCAGGGCUAUCUGAUCUUCGACUUCAUCUCCAACGUGCUGCGAUCGAAGCGUGAGAGCACCAAGGAACAGCAGCUGGAACGCCUCCAGAAGGCCCCUGCCAAGGGCGAAAAGUCCAAGAAGGAGCGCAAGAAGGAAAGCGAUCUGCCCGAGGCCGAUCAGAAUGCCGCCCAGGCCUCGCCAGUGCAAGCCACCGGAAAGGCCUCCAAGAAGGUUAAGACCAAAUAAGUGAGUCCGUAUUCCGUCGUUCAUUUCCAUUUUACUUUUACUCUCAAUAAUACACAAAAACAUAUUAAUAUUCCGUUCAACAAGCAAGAAAAAAAAACGCAAGUUUAGAUUUUUUACAUUUUUUAGAUAGUUAUAUGCUCAAAUUGAUUCACACAGGGAUCCACUUUUGUACUCAUAGAACAGUGCCUCGUUUGUUCCAUUGCGCGGGUAUCACUUUAGUUAUUUUUUUGUGAAAAUCCGAACUGUCGGUGUAAACUAGUAAGUAAUAUUAGCGUACCUAAUAUUUCUAACAGUAUGAUCGAACGGGAUGCAAAGUGAAUGAUUUUUAUAUGCAUUUACAACAACUUUGAAGAAUGGCAUGCUGGGACGGACAGGUCCUUUAUCUUAGAUCAGACCAAAUUAGCAAUACAAGAAGUAAAAUUAGCUGGCGAAAAGUAACGGAAUUAAGCAAGGAUAAGACCAGUUGACAAAAAGGUAGCAAGAUUGCAUGAUUUAUACAUUAUUGUUUUUUUUUUAAAACAGAGUCUUUUUGAUAGGUUUAUUUUCUUCCUUUACAAUUUACAAGCUAAUUGGGUUCGAAACAGAUUCGGAGUAUACACUUUAUUUUUUUGUAUGUUCUAAUGCAAUAAUUGAAUAAACAUCUGACACAAAUUCUAUUAAA